UAGACAUAAAUCAAAGACUACCCUGUAAAUAAAAUAACUUUCAUUGUUUUCUUUUUCUUUUCGUGGGUGGAGGGAGGCUUAUCAAUUUAACCACUACAGAUUAAGCCAAAUGCCUCUUGCAACUGAUUGUUGCACAAUUAAUUGGUUAACAAUAGUAACCGUAACAAAGCCAUUGUAUAGAUACUUAGUAAGAGAAACUAGAUCAAAAGAAAAACACAAUUAUUGAGAAAUUCCAGCCAAUAAUAUUAGUUCACAAGUUAAUGAUUAAUCAGUAAAAACCAAUAUUUUGAACUAAAACAAAUCAAACAUAUCUUCUUACUAGCUUUCAAGGUGCCUUAGGACUAUAUAAUGUGUUUGUUGUUGUUUUAUUGCUAGGUUGUUUUUGAGGAUAGUAAGAGCACAAUUAUGCAAUUCCAUCUGCCACAUUUUGUGAGGAAAAAAGUAGUUCAACCCUAUGUCUAUUCUUCAUAGAAUUGGAAUGGAGAGAAGUGAUUUUUCUAUCACCCACGACAGAAGUGGAAUGAAGCAUGAUCCAUCGGCUGCAUUCCUUUCACCCUCAUACUGAGGUUAAAGUUGUUUCUUUCCCUUCCUUACAAGAGGAAACAGGGAUGUUCCGGCUGAAGUUGGUUGCCAAAGAAGGAAACAGACCAGCAAGGUCUUCAAAGCAGCCUUUUGCUCAAGGGAGAAGGUCCCAUGACAAGGCAACCUAGAAAGUCACACCAAGCAGGCAGCAGAGCAUGGGACAUGCUCCCUGUUGUGCUGCAUCUCAACCCUGUCCUGCAACAGGGCCAUCCAUGCUGGAGAUGACCCUCCGUUAACCUAGAGGAGAACGAGAGGAGCUCUGGAGGGCCCAUGUGAGAUCUCAGUCUUCCAUGGAGCUUCUUAGAUGAGAUCCCUCAACCUCUCGCCUUGAUUGGAAACUCCUUUUCCCACAAAUGCGAGGGGAUCUUGGUGUGGGGUCCUUGUGCGUCCCUGGCCCUUCUCACCAUAAGCCUUUCUCCUCUCUCUUCCUCUCCCACAUUUUCUCUCUCCCUCCCUCCCUCCCUCCCUCCCAACGCACUUUGUGAACUGCUGUCGCAAUGCCGAAGUCCAAAGUUCAGCUACUUGCCUAAGCACACAGAUAAAUAUGAACCUUGGAGAAUUUGCAUUGCUCCAAUGUAAACAGAGAGGCGAGGGUCCCUUUAUCAGGACUGGCUCAGGACAGUGGUGGGGGGCCUAAAGCAGCUUUUUCUCUCUUUUUUUGGUCUUGGGGAAAUUGGGGGUGGGGGGCAAAAGAACAUCUGCGGCCAUUUCUACUCUGCUGACGGCUGGAUGGCUGACUUCAGAAGCAUGAUGUAGCCCCAAAAAAGCAGUUCAGUGGCAAAAGGCGUUGAACACGCAGGCUCCAGGCGAGGCGGACACUCGGGACCAUGGUCUCCAAACUGACCCACCUUCAGGUGGAGCUGCUGGGAGCCCUGCUGGAAUCGGGGCUCAGCAAGGAGACCCUGAUCAAAGCUCUGGCGGAGUCCGAACUGCACCACAGGGAGAGCCAGCCGCUCGGGGGAGCCCUCCAAGUGGAGAAGGGGGAGCCUUGUAGCGAGAUGAUCCCGCAUCUCCCCAAUGGAAUGGGGGAGUCCAGGAUGUCAGAGGAGGAGACCUCGGAUGAUGGGGAAGACUUCACUCCCCCGAUCAUGAAGGAACUGGAAAACCUGAGCCCAGAAGAAGCUGCUCACCAGAAAGCCGUGGUGGAGAGAUUAUUACAGGAGGAUCCAUGGAGGGUGGCAAAGAUGGUGAAAUCCUACCUCCAGCAGCACAACAUCCCUCAACGGGAGGUGGUGGACACAACAGGCUUGAACCAGUCCCACCUCUCCCAGCAUCUCAACAAGGGCACCCCCAUGAAGACUCAGAAGAGAGCCGCCCUGUACACCUGGUACGUUCGCAAGCAGCGAGAGGUGGCCCAGCAAUUUACCCACGCCGGCCAGGGCCUCAUGGUGGAGGACCCGAUGGGGGAGGAACUCCCGGUCAAGAAGGGCCGGAGGAACCGGUUCAAGUGGGGCCCGGCCUCUCAGCAGAUCCUCUUCCAAGCCUACGAGAGGCAGAAGAACCCGAGCAAGGAAGAGAGGGAGGCUCUGGUGGAGGAAUGCAACAGGGCAGAGUGCCUUCAGCGUGGAGUCUCUCCAUCCCAAGCCCAGGGGCUAGGCUCCAACCUGGUGACCGAGGUGAGGGUUUACAACUGGUUUGCCAACCGCCGUAAAGAGGAAGCCUUCAGGCACAAGCUUGCCAUGGACAACUACAAUGGCUCCCAGCCCAGCUCCGUGCCCACCUUGGUCUCUCAUGGAUCCUCCUCUCUCCAACCGGCAACUCCUCUCUCCCCAGGCAAAGUCCAUGAGCCUUCCCCUCUCCAUCAGCAGCAGCAGCAGCCACAAGCCCUCUCCUUCUCGGACCCGGGCAUGAGGUAUGGCCAGCCACCGGUCAGUGAGACCUCCAACAACAGCCAGCACAAUUCCAUCACAACCACCCAGACCAUCCUGCACCAAGUUUCCUCCCCCAGUCUCUGCUCCACCAGCUCAGGACCAGACACCAAGCUGAUCUCUGCUCCAGGGGGCUCGCUCCCCCCCGUCAGCACCCUGACAGCGCUGCACAGCCUGGAGCCCAACCCACACGCCCUGAGUCAUCAAACACAGAACCUUAUCAUGGCGUCCCUCCCGGGGGUCAUGACCAUUGGCCCUGGAGACACACCUUCGCUUGCACCAACCUUCACCAACACGGGGGCCUCCACCUUAGUCAUUGGUCUGGCUUCCACCCAAGGGCAGAGCGUCCCUAUGAUCAACAACAUGGGCAGCAGCCUCACCACCCUCCAACCGGUCCAGUUCUCUCAGCAGUUGCACCCGUCCUACCAGCAGCCCAUCAUGCAGCAGGUCCAGGGCCACCUCAACCAGAGCCCCUUCAUGGCCACCAUGGCCCAGAUCCAGGCUCCUCACGCUCUCUACAGCCACAAGCCAGAGGUGACCCAAUAUGCACAUACCAGCCUUCUACCCCAGACCAUGGUCAUCACAGACACAGCGAACCUCAGUACUUUGGCCAGCCUGACACCAACCAAACAGAUCUUCACGUCAGAUGCAGAGACUCCCACGGAAUCUGGGAUCCCAACGCCCACCAGCCAACCUUCGGUCCACCUGCAGGGACAGGAAGGCUCCAUCCAGUCGCACCUUCAGUCCGGACCCCGCUUGAGUUCCAGCCCUGCUGUCUCGUCCGGCAGUUUGGUCCUUUACCAGAGCUCCGACUCUUCCAACGGCCACUUGCUGCCCUCUGCCCACAGCGUGAUAGAGACCUUCAUCUCCACCCACAUGGCUUCUUCCACACAAUAACUGGACAUUUGGCAGCCCUUGCCUGCACCCCGAGGGACUUCUCCUGCACCCCAUCCCUGCUCCUGGGAGGGAAGGCCAGGCUGUGCCCCUGGCUGCCUCCUCUGCCAGGAUUUGUAUGGCUCUUUCCCCCACCCCACCCUCCAUCUCCAACACACACUGCUAUUUCAAAACUCCAAGCAAAACUAUGCACCAAGCAAGCAGGAGGCUGAGGUGGAGCUUUUGCACAGCUAAGAAAAGCUAGAGAAAGCAGGCAGGCAGGGUCUGUGGUGGACAAUGUUCUUUGAUGUGGGGCUGGCUGCCGAGGGGUGAGGGAUGGUGGAGUAGAACAGCGAGGCUCCUUCUGCUCUUCAGAUGGGCCUCCAGAGCAAGGACAAGGCAGAGUUGGAACAAGGAACAAAACAAGGGAGCACUCUUCCUCUGUAAAGGAUGUAGAAGAGGCACUCACCUGGGGCACUGCAGGAGCCUGGGGAGAACUUGCUCUCCAGCCAGACUCAAGUGGGCUCUGGUUGCAGUGAGGCCCUGGCUGGUUCUCAGCCCACAAGCAGCCCCUCAGGCUUGGCCCCAGGUGGAAACUGCCAGGAGAGCAGUUCUGCUGCCAAAGAUCUGAACCACGCAGGGGAUACUUCCUGGAACCUCUGCAUGCUCCUGCAUUAGUGCAAGGCACCAGGAAUCUGCUCUGGCAGCAAUCAAGUGCGACAGCUGCACCCUAUAUCAUAAAAGAGAAUACUGUUUUCAAAGUUAAAUUAAAAGGAACACUCGUAAUAGAGUUAAGAGCCUAAGUAAAAUAUGGACCUUGAGUUGAGAUGCAGAAGGCUAAGAGUCUUGUCUCCCAUUUUAGAGAUAAGCAAACCAAAUAGCUUGUCCUCAAAAUAGUAAAAAUAAUUAUUUGUAAAUAGUAAAAAUAGCAAUAAAUCCCCAAAGAGGGUGAGCAUCAUUUCUAUAAAUUGCUUAGCAACAAAGGGAUUCUGUUGUUGCUACCCCAAGUCAAAGAAUUUGAGACCACCUGCAUUCCAUCAGCUUUUCCCCCCUCUGUAUCUGAUCUGCCUCAACCCUCCCUUCCUGGAUUCGGACAACACCCCCAAGUGCCAGGUUAGUUAUGUACCACAGCCUCUGACUUGACAUAAUUUGAACCAGUUGCAGAAACAGGCAUUUUUUUCCACAAGGGGUUUAUUUUUGAAGCACAGAAUACUAGCUGUGUUUUUUCCACUAGUGGUUGCUCAUUUUAGGAUCAGGCUUUGGAGACACCUGCACUGUGGCCAGAGGCAGAGCUGAAGCUGAAGUGUGUCUGCUAUCACCGGCAACAACUUAGCCAAUUAGACCACUACUCAAAACUUCCCUCACAGUGAACCUCUGGGGAUAUGCUGGCUUACUCUUGGCCUCGCUGGAGAUCAGUGUCUCCAUACAGAAUGGGCAAAGCCAAGGUCUUUCUCUUGUUAGGAGAACCACAAAUUGUUCACACGGAAGAAUAG